ACCCGGAGGCGGUCCCAGACUCGGCCGCCGCGCCUCGUGCCUUUCCUCGCCCCCCAGUGGCUGCAGCCCAGGUACCCGAGAGCUGGACGGGAGGAGGAUGUGCGGCUGGCGGCUGCUGGUGCUGUGGGCUCUGCUCACCGCGACGGCUGCAGGGAACUCAGGCCGCUCCUACCCGCACCGCACUGUCCUGGACCCCGAGGGCAAGUACUGGCUGCGCUGGGGCCAGCAGGGCGGACGGCUGGCCUUCCGCCUCGAGGUGCGCACCGCCGGCUACGUGGGCUUCGGCUUCUCGCCCACAGGGACCAUGGCCGCGGCAGACAUCGUGAUGGGCGGCGUGGCCCAUGGGCGGCCCUACCUCCAGGACUAUUUUACAAAUGCAAACAAAGAGUUGGAAAAAGAUACCCAGCAAGAUUACCGCCUAGAAUAUGCCAUGGAAAAUAGCACACAUACCAUAAUUGAAUUCACCAGAGAACUGCACACCUGUGACGUCAAUGACAAAAGUAUCACGGACAGCACAGUGAGAGUGAUCUGGGCCUACCAUCAUGAAGAUGCUGGGGAAGCUGGUCCCAAGUACCAUGAUUCCAAUCGGGGCACGAAGAGUCUGCGAUUAUUGAACCCUGAGAAAGCCAAUGUGUGGUCUCCAGCCUCACCAUACUUUGACCUGGUAAAUCAAGACGUCCCCAUCCCAAACAAAGGUACAACUUACUGGUGCCAAAUGUUUAAGAUUCCUGAAUUUCAAGAAAAGCAUCAUGUAAUAAAGGUUGAGCCAGUGGUAGAGAAAGGCCAUGAGAGCUUGGUCCACCACAUCCUGCUCUAUCAGUGCAGCAGCAACUUUAACGACAGUGUUCUGGACUACGGCCAUGAGUGCUUUCACCCAAACAUGCCUGAUGCCUUCCUCACCUGUGAGACUGUGAUUUUUGCCUGGGCCAUUGGUGGCGAGGGCUUUUCCUAUCCACCUCAUGUUGGAUUAUCACUCGGCACCCCAUUGGAUCCUCAUUAUGUGCUUCUAGAAGUCCAUUAUGAUAACCCAACACAUAUAAAAGGCUUAAUAGACAGUUCUGGGCUGAGGUUUUUCCACACGAUGGAUAUAAGGAAAUAUGAUGCAGGAGUGAUUGAGGCUGGUCUCUGGGUGAGCCUCUUCCAUACCAUCCCUCCAGGGAUGCCCGAGUUCCGUUCUGAGGGUCACUGCACUCUGGAAUGCCUAGAAGAGGCCCUGGAAGCUGAAAAGCCUAGUGGAAUCCAUGUGUUUGCAGUUCUUCUCCACGCACACCUGGCUGGCAGAGGCAUCAGGCUGCGGCAUUUUCGCAAGGGGGAGGAAAUGAAGUUGCUUGCGUAUGACGAUGACUUCGACUUCAAUUUCCAGGAGUUUCAGUAUCUAAAGGAGGAACAAACAAUCUUACCAGGAGAUAACCUAAUCACUGAAUGCCGCUAUAACACAAAGGAUAGAGUCGGGAUGACAUGGGGAGGACUAAGCACCAGGAAUGAAAUGUGUCUCUCAUAUCUUCUUUAUUAUCCAAGAAUUAACCUUACCCGAUGUGCAAGCAUUCCCGAUAUCAUGGAACAGCUGCAGUUCAUCGGUGUGAAGGAGAUCUACAGACCCGUCACGACAUGGCCUUUCAUUAUCAAAAGCCCUAAGCAGUAUAAAAACCUUUCUUUCAUGGAUGCAAUGAACAAGUUUAAAUGGACUAAGAAAGAAGGGCUCUCCUUCAAUAAGCUUGUGCUUAGCCUGCCUGUGAACGUGAGAUGCUCCAAGACAGACAAUGCGGAGUGGUCGAUUCAAGGAAUGACUGCAUUACCUCCAGAUAUAGAGCGGCCCUAUAAAGCAGAACCUUUGGUGUGUGGGACAUCAGCUUCCUCUCCUCUAUAUGGAAGUUUCUCUCUAAGGUUGCUCAUGUGUUAUCUGCUUCUUGGAAGCAUGCUGAGCACCCAGUGCAUCUGACUGUAACUUGUACUUAAUGACACUGGUUUCUGGAAUCUGAACCUGUCAUUUAAAGAUGGGUUAAAGACUGUUCAUUUUGGGCCUGAAGAGAUGGGUGUGAAGCACAUGGAGACUUUCAUUUCUCUACUCCCUUCAUCCUCUCCCUCUGUUCUCCUUCCCAGUCUACCUAAGAGAUGUUGCUGGAAUUCUCAGCAUUUUAUCAGAAAUACCUGAUAUUCUGUGCAGAUGGCGAAUAACGUAAAAGUGGCCUGAUUUAACCACUUUAAGAACCAGGAAGUCAAGUGGAAAGAAAAUAAUUGUUAAUUCUUUCUACAUUCCAUGUUAUUUUAAUGCUAUGACUCAACACCUAUCUUUCCUUUCAUAACAAUAUCAAAGGAAUUAAUCUCCACUCCAGUUUCCUCAUUUUUAGAUGUAACUUCCAAGUGACCACUGUCUACUGUCUUUACAUUUUCCAGCCCUUCUGUUUUCUAUGAAUUGCUCAUGAUCUACUAACCUCAGUAUCUUUUGAUGAUACCACUUCAAUUUUCUUGCUUCUCUGAGUCUGUUGCUAUCCAAACCCAUCUCAAUUCCCCCUCUCCUCAGUACUGCCUGGUGGACUGUUGUCUUAAUCCAUCCCUGUCAAAAAGAAAGAGGCUAGGAGAAAUGUGGAAAUAGUGGUAGCUUGGGAAAAAAUAAAAACAGCCAGCUGCAAACCCCUUUCUCCAGGGGUCCUCCAGGAAAUGAAAAUCCAGAUCAGAGCAGUCAGUAUAAGCCAGCACCAGCAGGAGGGUAUAAGGUCUGUACAGUUUCUUGCCACCCAAUCUGAGUCAUAAUUCCUAUUACAGAUUUAUUUUUAUAUUAGUUAAUAAACUAACUUUCAAAACAAAAUUGCCACCAAGUGAAGAUCUUAUUCUUUUGAUUGUCUUUGUAUAGUCUAAUCAAAUUUGUUUUAUGUCCUAUCUUCAUUUCUUAGACUAAAUCUGCUUGGAUCAUAUUAAUAGACUAAAUGAAAUUGAAGUUUUUGUAUAAUAUCUUAUGUGGUCCUUGAGAAUAGCAAGUGAUUGAAAACUGAUGUCAAUAAAACUAGUUGAGAAUGUCGUAUUUUUCUUUCCCAUUUUUAAGCCCUUUCUGACCCUCCAAAAAUGUCUUCAAUGCAAACUAUAUUUCUGUUUAAAUAAAUGCUAUGCUUUGGAGUCUUUA